UUGCUCUAAAGAAUCAUCACGGUGCCAAAGAAGCAGAAGGGGCUGGAGACUGCAGCAACGGACCAGCCUCGGGCUCGGCAGCGAUACCAGAGGGCGAGCUGCUCCUACAGGCGCUCAACGGCUUUGUGCUGGUGGUGACAUCGGAAGGACUGAUAUUUUACUCAUCACAUACAAUUCAAGACUAUCUGGGAUUUCAUCAGACAGAUGUCAUGCACCAGAGUGUCUUUGAGCUGAUCCACACCGAGGACCAGCUGGAAUUCAGCCGCAACCUUCACUGGGCCUUGCUGGGGACCCUUGCUUGCCAGUCCCUCUCUUCCACAGAGGGGAAGAGUCUUGGCUCUUCUGCUGUUGCCUACAAGCCGGAUCAGCUGCCCCCAGAAAACUCCUCCUUUCUGGAAAGGAGCUUCGUGUGUCGCUUUCGCUGCCUCCUGGAUAAUUCCUCUGGAUUCCUGGCCUUAAACCUUCAAGGCAGGCUAAAAUUCCUUCAUGGGCAGAACAAAAAGUCUGAAGACGGGUCUGCACUGCCACCCCAGCUUGCCCUCUUCGCUAUCUCCACCCCCUUGCAGCCCCCGUCCAUCCUGCAGAUCCGAACCAAGAAUAUGAUCUUCAGGACAAAGCACAAGCUGGACUUCACCCCGUUGGCGUGUGAUGCCAAGGGGAAGAUCGUUUUGGGCUACACCGAGGCAGAACUGCGGAUGCGUGGCACCGGCUACCAGUUCGUCCAUGCUGCUGACAUGCUGUACUGUGCUGAGAACCACGUCAGAAUGAUGAAGACGGGCGAGAGCGGCCUGACGGUUUUCCGCCUGCUGACAAAGGAGAAUCGCUGGAAGUGGGUUCAGGCCAACGCACGGCUCGUCUACAAGAACGGCAAGCCCGAGUACAUCAUUGUCACGCAGAGACCCCUUGUAGAUGAAGAAGGAGGAGAGCACCUUCGGAAACGGUCCGUGCAUCUUCCCUUCACCUUUGCUACAGGAGAGGCGCUCUUAUACCAAAGUGCUUACCCUCUCCCGGGCUUCCCUGACCCUUUUCAGAGCAAAGGGAAAACCGGUAAGUCCAAGAAGACCUCCCACAGCCAUGGAGGGUGCUCCCAGAAGAAUGGUGUUGACCCCAGUUCUCUGCUGGGCGCCGUGAUGCAACAGGAAAAGGCAGCGUACACCUCCCACCCAGCUCCCACACCUAGCCGCUCCUUCAGCAGCAGUUUGGUGGGCAAUCUGGAGGACGUGUCGUUGCUGGAUGCAGGAAGAGAUGCCUGGAGUAUGGACGCUGCUCCAGUUCCUUCAAGGGGAGACAGCCUCAAAGAGGAGCUGGUGGAUUUGCAGCAGGAGGACCCUCUGUUGGCCACCCUGGACUCACUCUCGAUUAAGAGUGAUGAGAACUGUUCCAACAAUGAGCUCUUCAGUGCACUGGAGGGCCUGGGUCUGAAUGCUGAGGACCUGGAUCUCCUGCUGUUGGAUGAGAAAAUGGUGAUGGUCAAUAUGGACCCCGACCACACCCCAUCCCUGAACGAUUGUUUCACCAGCAACGAGAUUCUGUCCUACAUCCACGCCACUCUGGUGAACAAGCAUGAGGGAGGACAGCAGAUCUGUCCCCUGCCAGGAACGUCCCCGAGCCCACGUGGAGGCACCACAACGUACCAGGCCCAUGCGGAGAAUGAGGACUCGCGGUACCUGCCCCAGCAUGUGGUGCAGCCCAGCAGUGCCCUGGGCCAGCCCCCUGCUAUGCUGUGGGAGCAGCCCCUCCACGCUGUGCCGGGGCAGCUGCCCCCACUGCUGCUGGAGCCCGCUGGGCAGGAGGAGACAGCCAAUGGCUCCCAGUGGAGGCCAGCUGGGGAGGAAGGGCUGCUCUGCUUCCUCCCGCCGGGACGGGGCACCCUGUGGGACAAAGCACCCGACUCGCCCUCGGGAGCCCCCUGCCCACAGGAGCCACCCAGGGCUCAGCAGCUGGAGGGUGACUUCUCAGCCCUGCGUCCCACCCAAGAGGAUGCUCGCCGGUCCUUCUCCCUGCCCAGCCAGUGCCAGGGCUGU